AUGCACCUCAUCGCCUAUGUGAAAACUCACCAUCCCAAAGCCUUCUCCGCCUUGAAGCACCUCCGCUCCUUCGCGCUCUCAGCCAUGGAGAAAAUCGCCACCGGAAACGACAAAGACGGCUCCUCCGCCGCCGCCGACCCCCAGCCACCGUUCGAUCCGUCCGCGCCUGCGGUCCCGAUCUCGUACCCGCUCCGGACACUGGAGGAAUUGGAGUCGCGCGCCUACUUCAAGUCGUUUCACUACCCGUUCAACCGGGCUGCGGUGGAGCCGCAGUCCGCCGCCGCCGGCGGCUUGCCCCGGAGGCCUCGGAUGCUGGUUUGCCAUGACAUGGCGGGGGGGUAUGCGGACGACCGGUAUGUGCAGGGCGGGACUAAUGCCGAUGCGUAUGCGAUUUGGCAUUGGUAUAUGAUUGAUGUUUUUGUGUACUUCUCGCAUAGUUUGGUGACCCUGCCGCCGCCUUGCUGGGUUAAUACUGCUCAUAGGCAUGGUGUGAAGGUAUUGGGAACCUUCAUCAUGGAGUGGGAUGAAGGGAAAAAACUUGCUGAUAAGCUGCUAUUGACGAAGGAUUCUGCUCAAAUGUAUGCUGAGCGAUUGACAGAACUGGCUGUGGUUCUAGGCUUUGAUGGUUGGCUGAUCAAUAUGGAAGUUACUCUAGAUCCUGAACAAAUACCAAAUCUGAAAGAAUUUGUCAGCCACUUGAGCAAGACCAUGCACUCUUCGCUACCUGGGUCAUUAGUUAUAUGGUAUGACAGUGUUACUCGUGAUGGUGAUCUUAGCUGGCAGAAUCAAUUAAAUGACAAGAACAAGCCAUUCUUUGACUUGUGUGAUGGAAUUUUUGUGAACUAUACAUGGGAGGAAAAUUUUCCCAAGCUAUCAGCUGAUGUUGCUGGUGACAGAAAGUUCGACGUCUACAUGGGCAUUGAUGUCUUUGGAAGGAACACUUAUGGUGGCGGUCAAUGGACUACUAAUGUGGCCCUUGAUGUGAUAAAGAAAAGUGAUGUUUCAGCUGCCAUAUUUGCACCUGGAUGGGUCUAUGAGACUAAGCAGCCACCUGACUUUCGAACUGCUCAAAAUCGAUGGUGGGGACUUGUUGAAGAAACAUGGGGAACUGUUCAAAACUACCCCAAAGUACUUCCAUUCUACUCGAAUUUUGAUCAGGUAUCGACCAUGUUAGUUGUACAACUGUUUUUACCUUUGUAUUUGAUGUUUAUCUUUGAAUUUUUGUUUUUUAUAUACUUCAAGGAAGGAUCUUAUAAUGGAGGAGGAAACAUCACAUUUACAGGAGCUCUUGGUGUUGGUACUGAAUUUACAGCAAGGCUCUUUAAGGGAGAUCUUCUCCUCAGAAAUUCUCAAGUUAACUUUACAUAUUCAGUUAAAGUAAGUGGGAACUCCCAAUUAGGCCUUGUCCUUGAGUUUUAUUCUGCUUCGCAAGAGAAAAAGUCGAUAUUUCUUGCCGCCUCAGGAAAUACCUUACUAACCAUGAACCAAUUCUCAAGUCGUUUCACUAAUGUAAUAAUGCCACGUCGAGUGACCAAGCUGAAAGGAGGAGAACCUUCGUGGGUUAUACAGGAAAGCAGAAUCAACAUGCGUGGACAUGUAUUAAAAGAAAUCCGGGCCUUGUGCUACAAAUUAAUGCCCGAACAAUCUUUAUCUGGUGAACCUUCAGAUUAUUCUGCAGUUCUUGGAGAUGUUAAGAUUACCAGUGGAGAACAAAAUACUAAAUUCCCGGCAUCUAAUUCAUGGCUUGUUGAUGGUGAAUACAUCAAUUGGGCUCCGGGUUCUCAAGGGUCGAGAAAACUUAGUGUCAAAAUCAUUUGGCGACUAAACGUAGGUAGUAAAGAUCUUUUUCCCAAGUACAAUGUUUAUGUCGAUAAAACCACUAGUUCGUUGUCUGAAAACCGGGGUCAGGAGGAAGGUUCAGCUGCAGAGUUUCUUGGUGAGGCGUUUGUGAAAUCGUUCUAUGCUUCUGGCGUGGAAGUUCCGGAAGGGACUUGUAUCGUGAAAUUCAUCGUCCAAGCAUGCGGUUUUGAUGGGGCUGGCCAAAAGCUUGAAGAUUGUCCCUUUUUACUACUUAAAGUCGAGGGUUCGUAA